CGCCUGCUGUGGCGUGUUACACUCAGCGGAACAAAACAGGCCGGGGGCAGGUGAGGGCCAUUUCUAGAAUUCCUUCCUCACCUCCCUCCCGGGCCCUCGAAUGCCCGGGAAGCAACAGAGCUGGAGAGGGACCCGGCAGGAUGCUGCAGACCUCAACCCCUUACCCCACAUCCGGGGGCCACCGGGGCGGGGCGGGCGAGGGUCGGCCCCCUCUCCGGGGCGGAGCGGGGCGCCGCCCACUCCCCGCCUCCCUGUGCCUGGGCCACGAGCGCCGGGCUGGGAGGCAGCAGCGAAGCGAACGGCCGCGCCAUGUACCUCCGCAGGGCGGUCUCCAAGACCCUGGCGCUGCCUCUGAGGGCGCCCCCAAGCCCCGCGCCGCUCGGGAAGGACGCAUCUCUUCGCCGGGUGUCAUCUAUCAAAUUCCCCGGAGCAUCUGGAUCAAAUAUGAUUUAUUAUCUGGUUGUUGGUGUCACAGUCAGUGCUGGCGGAUAUUAUACUUACAAGUCAGUCACAUCAGAGCAAGCCAAACACACGGAACAUAUAACAAACUUGGAAGAAAAAACAAAAGUAGAGUUACACCCACUUCAAGGUGAACAAGAGAAUGUUGUGGAAGCUGAGGAAGAAAGUCCAGAAGCCCCUGAGGAACCCGUCGUGGAAGCUGAGGUAGUAGGGGCUACAACUGCUGUCCCAGAAGAGGCCACAGUCUGCCCAGAUGAUACGGAGCCUGCUUCGGUGGAAACAACCACAGUCGAGGCUGAAGCUGGACCAGAGGCUACAGACACGGCAGCGGGUGACACCAUGACAGGUGACACUGCGGCAGGUGAAACCGCAGAAGCCAGCUCUGAAACCACCCCAGAGGUUACAGAUGCAGCCGCAGAUGAAGCUGUUGCCAUUGAUAAAGGCACAACAGAGGAGAGCUCUGAUGAAUGUGCCAAACCAGAAGGAGAAAAUCCUCCAGCUGAGCCAGAUCUCUCUGCUGGGGCUGAUUUACAGGGGGAAGCCAGUGUGGGUUCUGAGGCUGCCUCCCCGCAAGGCUAGUCUCCUGCUGAGAUACUUCACAAAAAUGCUAUAGAGUGUCUGAUAGCGGCUCUUAUACUUUUAAUAAUCUUAGUUGUAAAAAGACUUCUUUUCAAGGAAACUUUAACGUGCCUUGAAGAUUGUUGGUAGGUAUUGAUAGAUUUUAGGACUGAGAGAUUUGAGGUUUUCUAUGUUUUCAAAGUUUUCUACUCUCUGAGAUCAGAGUGUGACAUUGCAGUGAAGAGCACAAAUAAUCUCAUCUUUGAUUUAAGUUGUGUAUCGUAGGAACUGAGCUAUCUGUUCAAUCUGUACUCACUAUAAUUUUUGCUAUACUUCUACCUUAUUGUACUGUUUGCAGAUGUUGAGUUUGAUCUGAACUCAUUUAAAUAAAAUUAGAAAAUCUUUAA